AACUUGGUGUAACCUAGCAACAGUGCAAAUGCCGUAAAGAUCAAAGUGACAGUCUUAUUUCAACAAGGAAAAAGUAUAUCAACAUGGCAGGCAUUGAGUAUCUUGAGAGCUUAGAGGGAGGUAUAGAUCUGGAGAAUCUGGGACUCCCCAUAUCCAACACAGAGAACAAGCAGCUUGAGACUCAAGUUCAGCAGAAGGAGAAGCAAAUAACUUUACUUCAAAGGAAGGCUGAUGAACAUAAGGAUAGAAUUCAGGCAAUAACUGAUCAUCUAAAAAAUGUCAGACAAGAGCUACAACAAACUCAGGAUCUCCAUGGAGCCAGGAAACGAGACCGAGAUUCGGAAGAUCAUCUCAAGCAAAUUGCUGAACGAGAGGAGGGUAGACUCACGAACGAGAUCAAGAGGAUGGAAUUGGAGAGAGGAGAUUUGAGGGAAAAGAUGAAUAUUUACGAGAACACCAUAUUCCGAUCCAAGCAGACUAUAGAGGAGCUGAAGGGUGAGAUGAACUGGGGACAACAGGCUCUGGAGGCGUGGCUGGAGGAGUCAGCUAGGCAUGAUGAUGACGCCAUUACACUGGCCAAGUAUGCCAGAUCUGAUGAGAGCAAAAUCAAGGAUCUUACUUUGAAAUUGGAGCGACUUACAGAGGGCGUGACUAAGUAUAGGAAAGCAUUGGACAACGAGACCACAGAGACAUUGGCGGCUCAGAUCAGUUUGGACAAGACAGCCGAGUCUUUCCGCACUGCUCAUCGGGACAGACAGGACGUGAUACAGCAGUGGGAGCAUACCAUUGACCAGAUGAGGAAGAGGGACCAAGACAUGGACAAGUGUGCCAAUGAAUUGGCACAAGUGAAAACUGAGAUCAAAGCAAAGGAAGACAGUAUCAGAGAGAAACAGGAGUUCUUUGAUGAUGAGAAGCAGAACAAUGAUGAGAAGGAAAAGAAGGUCAACAUUGCCGAGAGAGUGUCUGCCAAGAGGCGGCUCGACUAUCAGGACGCAGAGACAGCUCGAAUACAGUUUAAGGAUGAGCUAGAGACUCUUAAGCGUUCUGUUGACCGUACUGCUGCUGAUCUAGACGAUGCCAGAACAAAGAGCACACACCUCUCCAGGGAGAUUAAAGACAAGAGAAGAAAAUUGGAAACUCUACAAAAGCAAAGGGAACUGAUGCAGCAAGAGUUGAAGAAGUCAACUAAAAAGACGCUCUCAUCUGAAGAAAGGGCUCAGAAUAUGGACCAGAUAUUGGCUGAUGAGGAAUCACGGGUGGCGAUACUGGAGAAAGAAGUGGUCACACUCAGGGAGAAGCAGUUUAAGCAUGUUCAAGAGUUAUUUGAGCUCAAGCGGAAGGAAACUACCAUGCAAGCAGAGAUUCACGGAGGCCGAGCAGCCCUCAGGAAUCUUGGCUCAAAGCAGCAAAGUCUGGACGAGGAGGCUUUGAAACAGCAGGAGAUACUGUAUACUCAGGGCUUCCAGUUACAGCAGCUACAGCACAAGCUAAACAGGCUAGAUGGUGAGAGAACUGAUGACGAGAAAAAUGCCCUCACUUCAAGAAUAACUGAGUUAGAAGGUCACUGGGAGAGCCAGCAAGGAGAGGAGCAUCUCCUAACCAACCAACUCAAGAGGCUACAGGAUGACCUGAGGAGGGUCAAUAGACAGUUGGAGAAGGGCCAGUCAGAAAAGGCCACACUCGAAGAAAAGAUUGAUGAGAUCAACCUACACAUUGACACUACUCAACGUGAACUAAAGAAAGUUGUGGCUGCCAAACAGGGUAAGAUGGUCGAUGAAAACAUUAUUAAGCUGGAGGUCAAGCGCCUCAGGGACAUUCUCUACUCACACUCCGAUGAGGUCCAGUCCUUGGAGAAACGACAGCUACAACUGACCACCGCUAUGAGUGAGCGGUCUCGUGAUAUAUCAGUUCACAAGGACAUGCUCAGGGCUCAGAUAAAGGCCUGUGAAUCAGAGAGACAAACACUGAGCUUCGAGUUGCAUGAGCGUAUCUCAAAGAUAGACAAGUUGCGAAAGCGGUAUGAGAUUGUGGCAGUGUCAAUGGCCCCACCCGAGGGAGAGGAGGAGCAUUCACAGGCCUACUAUGUUAUCAAAGCUGCUCAGGAGAGGGAGGAGCUACAGAGGACAGGUGAUCAACUGGACGCCAAAAUUAGAAAAGCUGAGAAGGAAAUCAGAGCUCUGGAAAACACCCUUCACUUGAUGAACUCCAAGAAUGAGUCCUUUAGAAAGGGUCUCACUAAAGUGGACAAAUCAAGUGAGGACCUAGCACAACAGGAGAUGCUGGAGGGACAACAUAGAGCGGCACUGGAUAAGCUCAAGCACAAGAAAAGGAACGCUCGUCAGGUUGAUAAUGAUUUACAGGUUAUGAACAAAACUAUGUCCACUCUGACCUCUGAUGAGGACAUUCUCAAUGCUGAGCUAAAUGCUAAGCAAGCUCAACUGGCUUCUCUGAACAAGGACCUGGAGGACCUGAGAGCUAAGAGAGAUAGAGUCACAAAACAGACAUCCAAACUGAGCCGGGAGAUGCGAGGCAAACAAAAGGUGUCUGGUCAUGACCCCAAUGAUGUGGAGCGUGAUAUUGAACUGAGGGAGUUACGUGACUUUGGUGGAACUGUAAUUUCUCAGAUGGGUAGCCUAGCAUCAAGGGAAACGGAGCUUCUCUCCACCAUGCAGCUGUUGUUUUCUCAGGCUGGCCUCCCUCCACCACCCUCUCCCAUAGGCAGUAGGACAAGCUCAGUGCCCUCAUCUGCAAGGAGCUCUACCAGCCAGCUCAGUAUGGGCUCUGCAAGGAGUUUUGGCUCACGAUUGUCAACUGCACCAUCCACACCUCUUCAACCCAAAGCUAUCGACAUUGGUGGUCUGACCCUGACUGGAUCUGCCGCUAGCACUCCCCGAGUUGGCAUGUCAUCCCCACACAGCAGUAGAUCUAGUGGUUCUCUGAGCAGCAGAAAGGGGGGCCUGUCGUCCCAAUCACGUCAGCCCUCUCGAUCGACUUCCAAAGCUAGCUCCAGAGCUUCAUCCAGAGCUAGCUCUGUUGGUGGAAGCAAAAAGAGCGAACUAGACCUUACUAUUGGACCAUUUUAAAAACGAUGUAGCUACGUUACAGGACUACAGUCAAGCUUUAACUAUUGUGCAUAAUUAUGUGACUAUUAUAAAUAUUCAUCACUUUUACCAAUUUUGCUUUUAUGGCUGCAUGAACAAAAUUGCUUUUUAACAUUGA